AUGAAAGGUGCUGCUCUAUUUUUUGUUUUAUCCACAGUUUUGUCAUUAGACUGAAGUAGCUACGCAGUCAAUACUUUUAAUAAUGAAUACAAAGAAGUUACUGGAAAAAAAGAAGUUCUUUAUCAAUUAAUCGAUACAUUGUACAAAUACGACCAGCGAGUAAAUGGUUUUAAUCAUCAUCUUUUGCUUUUACUAAACAGCACACAUUUUGGAUCACUCUCAAUGCACUUGGUAACUAUAUUCAGCAAUUUCCAAGAGACAGAAAUUGAAAUAACUGAUCAUAUUGCUCUAAAAGUAUUUCCUGAUAAUAAUUCAAGUGCUGUGAUAUCAAAAGCUCUAUCAAAUUAUUUAAAUAAAACAAGUGUCAAACUUGGAGAUAUUGAGUGCUUUAGACAAGAUUUUCAAGUUCCUUCUUCAUAUGGUAUCGAUAAUUUAACUGAAACAAUUGACUACAGUUUAAUUAGCGCGGUCGCUUAUUAUCAGGGAAAUGAAUAUGCAAUUUAUGUAUCAAUUAUUCCCGGAAAGGAAAAAGGUUAUGUAUGGCAAACAAUCAAUCAAUCAUCCAAAAAGCUAGGAACAAUGCUUUUUCCUAUUGUAGUUACAGCGAUUAUUUCGGCAGCAGUAACUUUCUUAGCCAUAACCACUUAUAUAAAUCGUAAAAAAGAUCCAUUUCAAAAGCAGGUUGAUACUGACCCAAGAACACUUGAAUUAGAAAAGAAUGCAGAAAGCGAUGGAUAA